AAAUACAUUUUUCAGAAAAAAGUCAGCAAGUCAACAAUGAAAGAACGUUCCCGGAAACAGAAAUUUUUAAAAAAUUUUGGCCUAUCACCAAACAAGAAUUCUAAGUAUAUAUAUAUAUAUAUAUGUAUAUAUUCUAUUAUAUAAUAAAGCAUAAUUUAGUUAUUUUUAACACAAAUUAUUAUUUUUUUUUUUUUUUAAGCGGUAAUAUUGAUGAAGAACCUGACGCUGACAUUGUGAGUAUGCUAUUUAAUUUGAGUACAAUAUUUUAAUUUUUAUAAUAACUUACAUUUUGACUUUUAGGUAUGCGAGAGAUUAUGUUUUUAUUACUUUGAUGAUGAUGCAAAAGUUACUAUAUGCCGUGGCUGUUGUAAACGUUUUACAACGUGGCUAGAUUAUCGAAAACAUUUUAAUCUCUCAUGCCAUACUACUGAAACUAAUUACAAACUGAAUACAUACAAUGAAGUUUAUAAAAAAUACAAACUAAGAAAAGCUAAGUCUAAGAAAAGAAUUAAUGAUCGUUUGAGUGCAGCUCAGCUCAUGGACCUUGAAACUUUAAAUACACGGAAAACAAGAAAAAGGUAGGCUUUAAUGAGAUAUAGUAAAAAUAAUAAUAAUAAUAGGUAUAGUACUAAAUAUGUGUGUUUUGUUAUUUUUUUUUAGGUGCUACACAAAUACUAGGGUAGUCCAUAUUUCAAAAUCUUCUUUAUCAGAUUCUGGUUCUUCUAAUUCAGAAAAACCUGCCAAAACAACAAUAAAGAAAGAAGCUAUUGAAAACUGUGUUAGUAGUGAUGACAGUGUAGAUGAAAGAAAACAAAAAACAAAAGAUGGCAAGACUGUUCAAAUAACAAACAUUCCAAAUAGUUCAACAACUAAUAUUCCAGAUCUACCUCAUGAAGAUCCGGCAGUGUCUACCAUAAAAGCAGAAUGGAAUGCUGAUGACAUGUCACAGGGUUCUUCAGACGAUCAGUCCUCCAGUUCUGUCAAUUGCCUAUCUGAUUAUUCUCUCCAAGAAAAUAAAACCGUCAAAUAUCAAUAUGUUUGCGUUAUCUGUGAUGAACAAUUCUCAAGCAAAUGUUUGCUUACUAUGCAUCAAGUGCAGCACAUCAAAACAGACCGCAGUAGUUAUGGAGUUUUUAUGGCUGCAUUAGCACGGUCUGCUUGAGUUUUGUUUUACCAUAACACCAAUUGAGUUAUACUACAAAAUAAAAUUUUAUCCUAUAUACUAAAUUAUCGAAUCCUAUUUAUGUACACACACAUAAUUAUAAUACAAUUGUUGUUUAGGGUAAAUAAAAUACAAUUUUAAGUUAACCAUAAGAAAACAAGUAUUAUCCACGUUUUUUUUUUCGUUUUGUUUUAUAUUAAAUUUCAUAUCACCAUGUGACUAAAUGUCUUUCAUUCAAUUAUAAUUAUUACUUUUAUUAUAUUCCUGAUUAUUUUAUGUUUGAUUUAAAAUAUUUUUAAUUUAUAGUUUUACUAUAAGGAUUCAGAUAAAAAAAGUGUUACGCUUUAUAUUAAAAACAAAUGUAAUUUGAAAUAGCAUAUUUUUUAAAAUUAUAAAUAAUAUCUUAAGAUUGUUCUUAAAUGACAAUACAUUUGAUGAUACUUGAUGUUGAGGUAUUUUUAAAGUAUACGUGUUUUUUUUUUUUUUUUAUUGAAUACCUAUCAUAUUUAAAUUUAAGAAAAGUAUUUUUUUUUCACGUGUACCUUACCAGAAUAAAUGUGAAGGUUUUUCUUGGUCAAUUAGUGUACAUUAUGCUUCAUUAUUUGUUUUUUAAAAUAUAAUAUAUUUUAAGAUAAUUGUUUUAUACUUUCACAAUGUACUUUACCAGAAAUAAACGAGACAUUUUUUCUUGGUCAAGAAGUGUUUUUCAUGUAUAAUAAUUUUAAAUAUGAUUGCCUUGAUGUAUUUGCUUGUCAUUAUGGUUUAAUAAUAAUAUAAGUUUUAUUUGUGAGCCAAAAUUGUUCAACCUCUACUUCUCGUAUUUAUGAAUUAAUUACUGUAAAUCAAUAAAAUCUUUUUCUUAAAAUGCAAUAUGCCUUUGCAAAUAAGUAUAAUGUAUUUUAACAUUUUUUUUUUUUCAUUGCGAAAACUCAUUUGUGAAAAUAAUAGUAAAAAUUAUUAAAUAAUAAACUUUGAUGUGGAUUUUUCUUGUUUGGUUUAGUUUUAAACGUUUAUUUUUUAAUUUGAACAAAUAAAGUUGACCUUGUAUUCUAAUUGUAGACAUAGAAGUAGUAAACAAUAAAAAAAUAGAUUAAAAAAAAAAUAUAGAUCAAUGUUGAUAUUUUUUUUAGCAAUAUAAAGUUAAAACAUGAAUAAUUCAUUAGUCUAAAGUCCACAAAUCAGACACAUGAUUAGAUAAUGGUACAGAAAAUGACGUGGGUUUUUCAAAUGUCAAGCUCACAGUCUGAAAUUCUGUCUUGCAUUCUUCAUUAAUCAUCUGUAAAGAAAAUUGUAUACAUUAUUAGUUAAUCAUGACAAUGUAUUGUAUUUUAAAAUAAAAAAAAUAUUUUAUUUAUUAAUUUGAUGAUUUAAAAAAAAAAAAAAUGGAAAGAAGAAUAAAGCCAUGGGAUGGAUAUUAAAUUUCAACAUCAUUUUUAGAUUCUGAAUAGAGCGAAGAAACAUACAAAGAAGUUUUUUUUUGUGGACAACUUUUCAACUAGCAAUUUUGCUCAGAUUCACAAUGAUGGCACUAUUUUUAAAAGGAAAUUUGACCAAGGAGGUACUUUAGAGAAGUCGCUUCAAUUUUCUCAGCAAAUUCGAAAAAAAAAAACAUGAAAAUUGAUACUAUAUUGAACAAAUAUUUAAAAACAUUGUUAUUUAUAGAGUAAAUUUUAAAAUUUUAUUCUUAGUCAAGUCUCCAAAAACUUUGGUAAUCAUUUGAAAAGUACCUAUUAAAAAAAUUAUUUGAGUCGGUAAGUCAUGCUUAGACAAACAUUCAGUUUUAUUUAAUAGAUUUACAUACAUUUUUUUUAAAAUAUACUAUAAUAUAGUAUUUAUUAUUUAACAUGGAUGUGAAUGCUAAUUAAUUUUGAAAAGAAAACUAUUUAAUACCAUUUACUUAUAUACAGGUUCAUCAAUCCUUGAUAAGACAUUCAAUAAUACAGAAAAAAUGUUUUACUUUUUUUGAAACAAAUGGCUAUUACAUUACCGUUAUUUCUUGUUAUCCUUAUUAACCACUUAUGAUUUUCAAAUAGUAACUGUUGUUACAAAUUACAUAACUAGAGUAUCGUAAUUUGUUUAGUAUGUGACCUACAGAGUGGAAAUUGUGAUUAGUAUGUGAUUUACCUGUAUUACAAAGUUUAAUAUGUUAGCUGUCAAAACAAGAACCUUCACUGCUGUUGUCGAUAAUACAGAGUGUCCUACAAAGAUAUACCCAUUGCAAUAUUUUUGAGAUAAAUAAUCAAAUGCUGUUUUUUUUAUUAUUACUUGCAGGGAUAAAGGUUACACAUGUUUAUAUUUGAAUUAAAUUAUUUUGUUUUGAUAAAAAACUAAAAUAAUAAGUUUUAAUUUAUUAUUUUCAAAAACUGUUGAAGAUAUCCAUUUUAUAGUUUAUUCUUCCAAUAAUUUUAAUGCUUCAACUUUUUAUUUUCAUUAAAUUCAUGAUUUUUUAAAGUUCAGAGAAAAUUACCUAUAACUAAACAGCAGCCUGUAGUCACAUUCUCUAAUUGAUUAUUAUUAUGGCUAAUUAACUGUUCACUUUUUUCUUUGAACUUUAAAAAAUUAUUAAAAAUCACAAAUUUAAUGAAUAUAAAGAAGAAGAAGAAGAAUUGAUUCUAUUAAGUCUAUCUUCAAAUUUUUCAACCAUCAUAAAAUAAAGUUAUCUCUUAAAGUUUUUUAUCAAAACAUAGAAUAAUAUAAAUAUGUUAUAAAUAACAUAAAUUUGUGUAGGGGCGUAUGUUGUUCAUUAUAUGAAAAAAUCAUUAUUGAAAGGGAAAGGAAAUAUAACUGAGGAAAACUUCUGCUAGGUGACCUUCGUUGUGAAAAUACCUUUGCAUAAUCCAAUUGUAACAGAGAUCAAGCAUCUAGACAAUACACCAACAUCAAAAAGAAAUUAUGUUAGCAGACUAGAAGGACCUUGAGUAUUCGGAUUAUGUAGUAAAAUUCAGUUGGUCACAUAAUAAAUUAAUACCCAUAAAUAAAAUGGUUACAAUGAUAACUUUAAACUAUAACAUCAAUAUGUUAUAGUUUAAAUAAAUAUUGGUGUAGAAAUUAAUUUUAACUAACCCAUUUUCUAUUCAUGGAAUUUUUAAUAAAGGUUACUAUUUAAAAUUCAAAAGUGAGUAAUAGUUUCAGCCCCUAAAAAUAAGACCGACGAAAAAUAAUGGUAAUGCAACAUUUUAAAGUUGCUUGUUUCUUAAAUUUUUCAAAAUAAAUUUUAUAGUUUCUGAGAUAAUAAGUAUCUUAUUGAAGAUUUAUUACCCUGUACAUGGGAACAUAUAUUUUUUAAAACUUUUAAAUAAAAAUGAAAUUUUACAUAUUCUGAUGGAUUUAGUUUUUUAAUAAUCUUACACUUUCGUAUGAGUCAUCUAAUAGUUCACUCAUAUCCCAUUCGACUUGGGGCAUCUUUUUAGAUAAAAAGUUUACUGACUCGCUGAUUUUUGGAAGAAAAUGUUGUUUUAAAGAUACCAAUUCCCACAAUGAGCUGUUUAAUGCAUUUGAUUUUAAUGGAUCUUUUUCUUCAAAUACAUAAGGAUCUGAACCAACUUCUAAAAUAUAAAUAAAUAAAACUGUUAUGGUUACAUUUACAUGAUAAUAAUUGUUCUAAGGACAAAUAUUUUUUAAACUUACCGACAGAAUCAUUAUGAAUUAAAACUUUUAAUGGUGGAUGUCUAAUUAGUAAAUUUCCUAUAAAAGCUACCAUAAUUUGUGUAUCAGUAGGUGGUGCAAUCAAAGAAAGUCGAGCCAUACGUUUGACAAAGGCAGCCACUAACAAUUCAGGUAAAUGACUACAUCAAAUACAUAGUUAUUAAAAGUAUUUUUGUUUAAUCAAUAUGUAUAGACAUUAAUAUUUACGUUGAACGAAGAAAUAUAUCAGCUAGAUAAAAUAAUCUUGUUUUAUAUCGAUAAUUAAACAUCUCUGUUGUAAAAAAGUUAUAAAGUUUUCCAUAAAUGUUUGGACAUUCUCUAAAAACAAAGUGUGAAAUUAAGAAAAUAAUUACUAUUGUAAUAGUUCAAAUUAAUAUAAUUGAACUAUACUAUUAUGUAGAACAUUUUUUUUUUUAAAUAGAAAUAACAAAUAAAGAAGAAUCAUUUUGCAUAAUAAUAUAAUUUCAUUAUAUCCAUUAGAGUUUGAACAAUAUUGAUUGAAAUCCACUUACAAAUUAUAAUCCUUAACUAAAAUAAAAAUUCCCUGAAGUCCUAAUACAGCGAUGGGUCCCGCUAAAAAAAUAAAAUCAGUUAGACAUUGUAUCUAUUUAAAUAUAAACAAAAUUAAGUGCAAUUUUUAAAUGUUUAUACAUACGUGUAUCCAUUGAUUCCAUAAGGAGAUCAGCUGUAAUAACAGGAUUAUUUAAAUUUACCAGGAUUUUUUCAAUUAACAGCGUUAACAUUUCACGUCUUAUUUUGGAAUUUGAUAUUAUGAAUGGUUUCAUGCCAUCCCAAACUGUAGUUACCCAUGAUUUUAAUUGUUCUGAAUUAUAUUUAAAUUGAGGUCGUUCUUGUAACAAAAUCAAAAAUAUUAUUAAAUUAUAGUCAAUACCUAGUGCAAGAUAAUUAGGUACAGGACAUUUGGUUGCAAAGAUAAUUCAUCGAAUGACUUGGUCACAUAUUUUAAUAAUAUUUUAACAAUAAUUUAUAAUUUUAUUAAGAAAAUAGUUAACAAAAGUUAAAAAACAAUUCAAUGUACAACUUUUGAAUAGUAUUAAACUCUUUUUAGUAUUAUAACAAAUUAUUAUAUUAAAGGUGUUUAAAAGUCGUGAGAUAAAUGGUCUUUAUUUAUUUUGCUACUCAUAAAGAUUUUAAUAUUGGUAUCAAUAUACAUACUAUUACUGUGGAAUAAUAAUUUGUCAUCUUCUUUUUUUACAGUAUGAAUUUUAAUCAAUCCUAAAAUAUUCAAAAACAUGUAAACAUUUGUUUUAUCUUUAUCCAAUAUUUGAACAAUUGAUGCAAAACAUUCCCAUGAGUAAUAACAAAAAUCCAAAUAUUCAACAUAUUUGGUCAACAUUUGUUGAAAUUGUGACCACUGAAUGUCAGUAGAUUUAAGCAUAGCCGUGUAAAUUGUCUACAAAGUAGGUAUUCAUUAUAGUAAAGUAAUUAAUUACAAAAAAAUAAUAUGAAUUUCUAAAUAACUAUUACCUUCAAUUGAUUAAUAGGAAAGUAAUACUUCUUUUUUAUUAUUUCUCCUGUUGGAUUUUUAUUUUCCCGUUGAAAUUGUUCAAAUAAUUUUUUGAAUUUGGUUACAGUCGUCAUGAUACCUAUAGAAUAAACAUUUGCAUAUUAUAAAUAUUUUUUUAAAAUUUAACUUUGUGUUAGGUAUUUACUAACAAAAAUAAUUAAAAACUAUUAUUAUUAAAAAAAUUAGUUAUAAAAUAUAUAUCGAAAUUUGAAAAUUAGAUUAAUAGAUU